AUGACCGGAAUCAGUAUCUUGAUAUUAACGACGAAGUCGAUACAAUUCCGCCUCAUCUUGAUACUUCUCUUGUCAGUGCCCCGUGGUGCUAUUAGUACUAUCAACUUCAGCGCCCUAACUCGCCGUCGCGUGCUGGAGAUCGUAGCAGGAGAGAAAAUAGAUUACACAUGCCUAUCCACUACCAUCGCCGCUAACGCUCUCCUAGGGAACCAAUCCCGUCCCAAGGUUCGAACUCAGCAUCGGUCGUCCCCGCCUUUGUAUUCGACGGUCACGGAGGUGGAUGAACGAGUGACGUUGGACUUUUGA